AUGCACCCUUCCCGAGUGACGGCCAUGGACGCCCUCCCGCCCGAGCUGACCGAGCUCAACGUCCUCACACUAAACUGCUGGGGCCUCCUGUAUAUCUCGGCCCAGAGAGCCACACGCUUGGAGGCGAUUGGGCGCGCGAUCGCAUCCGCAACGCCCACGCCUCACAUCGUCGCCCUGCAGGAGUGUUGGACCCAGGAGGACUACCACUCCAUUCGCAGGUCGACCCGGCCCAUCCUGCCCUAUGGCAAGUUUUACUUCAGCGGCGCCUUUGGGGGAGGCCUGGCCAUCUUGUCCAGGUGGCCCAUCGAGGAGAGCUCCAUGUAUCGGUACCCGUUGAACGGCCGGCCAACGGCCUUCUUCCGCGGUGACUGGUUCGUGGGAAAGGGGGUCGCAAGCGCCAAGAUCAGGUUCGGAAGAGGCCCCAGGGACAUAGUCGAGGUCUUCAACACACACACGCAUCCAAAGUACGAGAAAGACGGGCACGACACCUAUGUCGCGCACCGUCUCUCGCAGGCAUGGGAGCUCGCAAAGCUGCUCCGCGGUGCUGCGGCUCGCGGGCAUCUGGUACUGGCCCUCGGCGACUUCAACGAGGUGCCCCUGUCCCUAUCACACCGCAUCAUCACCUCCCAUGCCCCCGUGCACGAUGUGUGGCGCAUCCUGCACCCUGACUCUUCGCUGGGCGCCGCCGAGGAGGACCUGGAGCGGGCGCGGCGCCGGCCCAUUCCCACGGCCCAGUUUAACAUCGAGGAGAACGGCGCCACAAGCAACUCGGUCUACAACACCUGGAGAUGGCCCAAGUCGCAGCAGAAGAAGCUCGGCCCGGGCCGCGAGAGGGACUGGCCCGAGAUCGCGCCCGACACCCUCGACCACAAGGGGAAGCGGCUCGACUACAUAUUCGCCUCGUCCGGGAACUUGGAGGGCGAGAACCCGGGCUGGGGCUGGGUCGUCCACGACGCGCGCGUGGGCAUGCUACAGCGGCACUCGGAGCUCGGCUGCAGCCUCUCGGACCACUUCUCCGUCGAGGCCACCCUCGUGCUGCACCAGGCCGGCUCCACGCCCUCGUCGUCGCACUCGCGCCACCACCCGCGCGACCACAGCUCCAUCCCCUACCCGCCCGGCCGCGCCGCCUCCGUGGUCGAGACCCGCGGCACCGAGAUCCAGGAGACCGACCUCGAGAACGGCGUCUACCUGCACAUGUCGCCGACCACGUCCGAGAUGCAUCUGCCGGAAUCCGGGCCUGGCGGCGGCGACCGGCCGCGCAACCACCUCAACGCCUACCCGAGCUCCUCCUUCUCGGCCCAGCUGCGCGCCAUGGCGCAGCCCGUGUCGCACCUGCCGUCGGGGACGUACGACGAGAUCCUGGCGCACAUCGAGGCGUACACGGCGCGGGAGCGGUUCCAGCGGCGGUGGCGCGGGGUGCACUUCGGGACGUGGGUGGUGGUGGCGGCCGUGUGCUACGUCGGGGUGUGGUGGACGCCGCGGUGGGCGGGCUUCGUGCUGACGCUGCUCUGCAGCCUGGGGCUGGCGGCCGGCGUCGUCGACGGGCUGGUCGCCCUCCUCUUCGUCGGCGCCGAGCUCCACGCCCUCCGCGAGUUCGAGUGGGAGAUCCGCAACGCCAAGGCCUCGGCCACGGGCGCCGGCGGGCCCGCGUUCGAGUUCGACGGCGUGGGCGCCGGCGACGACGAGGCGGGCGAGGUGGGCGGCGAGCAGCCGGGGCGGUCCGUCUCUCGGGGUGCAGACGGCGGCCGGGAGAAGAGGUCGUGA